GAAUAACGUCAAACCACUUUCCCAUCGCUGCCCUAAUUCCAUCCGAGGAUGACUUCUAUCUCGUACGAGAGUUGACGGUCGAGGUAGCAUCGGAUUUAAAGAAAUUUUCCAUUUCUUCAUCGGCUUUAUCUGAACUACCCCGUUCUAGCCCCUUAUAACUAUAUAUAUGCAGUCUAGUGUUAUAUAUACAAGCUCACCACAGCGACCAAGCCAUAUACCUCAGUUUUAAUUGAUAUAAUGCCUCGAAUUCUCAUUCUCGGUGCCACCGGCUAUGUUGGAAGCCGCGUGGCGAAUCUCCUUGUUCGCAAUGGAAAUCAUGUUGUCUAUGGCCUUGCACGUUCAACAGAAAAAGGCUCACAGCUAGCACAGAAAGAAAUUAUUCCUGUCAUAUGUCCAGACCCCAUAAACAACCCAUCCAGCUUUCUUUCUGUUGUUCGCUCAGCACCCAUUGACGUCGUCGUUGACCUAUCAGGCGCAAAUCAAGAUUCGGCCAAGAUUUUGGAGAGCCUUAAGCAAAUUGGAAAAGAGAGGUGUGAGCAAGCAACACAGAAAGGAGCAGGAGCCGUCAUUCAGAAGCUUGGGUUUGUAUAUUGCUCUGGAACAUGGGUUCAUGGAUCAAGCAGCCGUCUUGUAAGUGACAUUGAUCAUGUCGGGCAUGAUGCUGUAACUCUACCUCCUGCGCUAGUCGCAUGGCGCGCGGAGUUUGAGAAAGAAAUUCUGUCUUCGAGGGAUGUGCUUGAUGUCUUGAUUGUGAGACCUGCGCUCAUAUAUGGCUACGAAUCGACCAUCUGGACCUCUUUAAUCCAGCCACUACUCCAUGCCUCACAAAGCGAACAUACGGCAGCCGCUAGCAUAAAGGUUCCAUUAGACCCAGAAUCAAAACCGGGUCUGAUUCACGUCGACGACGUGGCCAGUGGUUUUGAGAAAGCGAUUGACAAAUUCGAAUUGCUUAGCGGAACAGCUGUGUAUCCGGUGUUUGAUCUCGCGACAAGCCAGGAAAGCAUGGAGGAAAUUAUCAAGGGCUUUGCCGUAGCGUGGCAAUUCAAGGGUUCGGUGGAAUUGGUUGGUUAUGGAGACAAUCCAUUUUUUGAGGCGAUGAGUACGACCAUGCGUAACUCGUCGCAGCGUGCGCGGCAGUUAUUGGAUUGGACGCCGACGCGUCUGAACGGGAUGAUAAUGGAUAUUGAUAUGUAUGCUGCGGCGUUCGCAGCCAGUGUUGAGAAAGCUACUUAAGAUUGGUAUAGAUUAUUGCAGAACAAUGAACCUUCUUUCUUUCUUGUCGA